UCUCUCCCUCCCUCCCUUUACUCCUCUUUGUAGUCUGGUUGGCGAACUUGAAAGCCAAACAAACUGAAGGUUGAGCCUAGAAAAACACAACACUGUCUCCCUUCUCUCUUCCUUGAGAACCAAGUACUUCCAUAAAAAAGCCUUAACAUGACCUUCAGGCUCCAACCUUGGUCAAGACAAUGAAGAAGAGCUGGCCUGGAACUGAGAUUCUGAGAGUGUAAGAGUAAGACAGCAAAAGACAGAAAUGAAAAUGGUGCAAAAUGGUUCUGUUGGAGAUGAAGAAACGGUGAGUUCUGGUGGAGGAAUGCUGGUUGUUGGGGUGAAACUUGAUUCACCAAGUAGAGAGCUUUUAACAUGGGCUUUGAUUAAGGUGGCUCAGCCUGGUGACUGUGUGAUUGCUCUUCAUGUUCUUGGUAACAAUGAAAUUGUAGAUGGAGAUGGGAAGUCUUCGCUUUUAUCGCUUGUCAAAGCGUUUGACUCUGUUCUUGCUGUCUAUGAAGGUUUCUGUAAUUUGAAACAGGUGGAUCUCAAACUUAAGAUAUGCGGAGGUUCUUCAAUUCGCAAAAUUUUAGUAAGAGAAGCAAAAUCUUACUCCGCAACUAAGCUUAUAGUUGGAACCACCGCCAAAUUCCAUACAAUCCGUUCAACGACUUCGGUAGCAAAGUACUGUGCUAAGAAACUAACAAAGAACUGUUCAGUUCUUGCUGUUAAUAAUGGGAAAGUUGUGUUCCAGAGGGAGGGCUCUCCAGCUACCACUUUUGGUUCACAAGGAAGUAAAGAUCAGAAACGAAAUGGCUUGCUUAAUGCAAUUCAGCGAACGAUGACAUUGAACAAGAAUUCUGAAGAAUUAAGUGAAGGAAAUGCCAAUGUCGAGACCAAUCUGAAUUCUGAUGAAACCUUACUAAAAGCCAGUUCAGGCAGCUUGGAGACUGCUCCAAAGCAAAAUUGCUCGAUUUGUGGAUCCGGUAAUAGGUUGUUGCUGCCUAAUUCUUGUCACCUAUCUGCAAAAGAAUCUUCUGGUGGUGGUGCUAAUGAUGGAGACACAUCCUUGGCUAUAGUGCCAGUGCAAAAGGCUGAGGCUGCAUCUAGUUCGAUUUCUAAGUUGAUCAAAGAGUUGCCUGAAAUCAGACCCGGUUGGCCUUUACUUCGCCAUGCAGUUUUAUCAGAUCGGCAACAAGUUCCUGAUCGGUCUUCGUUGAGGCAGAUAUCUGUGGUUGAGUGGGUGAUGCGGUUGCCCUCUAGGCAUACUUUGUAUGUAGCCAAUUCAAAUCAGAAACAAGAAGGCUGCAAUCAGAGCGAAUAUAAGUCCUCUAAUUUUGAUGGAGAAAGAAGUGCAAUUGUUCCAGUUGGUACGGAGAAUGUCAUUGCUGCACAUUCUCCUGAUCACAACUCAACAAACCUUAGAAAAGAAUUGGAGGGUUUUCAUGAUAAAUACUCUGCAACUUGCAGAUUAUUUAAGUACCAAGAACUCCUCUUAGCAACAUCAAAUUUCUUGGCUGAAAAUUUGAUUGGAAAAGGUGGCAGUAGUCAGGUUUAUAGGGCUUGCCUUCAAGAAGGCAAGGAACUGGCUGUGAAAAUCCUAAAGCCUUCUGCAGAUGUAUUGAAGGAGUUUGUUUUGGAAAUUGAGAUUAUUACUACAUUACAUCAUAAGAACAUUAUUUCCCUCUUGGGCUUCUGCUAUGAGGAGAACAAUCUUCUCUUGGUUUAUGAUUUCUUAUCAAGGGGUAGCCUUGAAGAAAACCUCCAUGAUGCUUGCUCAGGUAAUAACAAGGAUCCUGGUGCCUUUGGUUGGACUGAAAGAUACAAGGUCGCACUAGGGGUAGCAGAGGCCUUAGAUUAUCUCCAUACUAACAGUGAGCACCCUGUAAUCCACAGGGAUGUUAAAUCUUCAAACAUACUACUAUCUAAUGAUUUUGAGCCGCAGCUCUCAGAUUUUGGACUUGCUAAAUGGGCAUCUACCUCUUCUUCACAUAUAACCUGCACAGAUGUUGCAGGCACCUUUGGCUAUUUGGCUCCUGAGUACUUCAUGUAUGGCAAAGUGAACCACAAGAUUGAUGUUUAUGCAUUUGGGGUUGUGCUGCUUGAGCUACUUUCUGGAAGAAAGCCUAUAAGUAAUGACUAUGCAAAAGGCCAAGAGAGCUUGGUCAUGUGGGCAAAACCAAUUUUAAGCGGUGGGAAGGUUUCGCAAUUAUUAGACCCUAGCUUGGGUUACGGCUAUGAUCGUGACCAGAUGGAGAGGAUGGUUCUUGCUGCCACGCUUUGCAUUAGACGUGCCCCACGGGCUAGACCUCAAAUGAGUGUGGUUGUGAAGCUCCUUGAAGGUGAUGCUGAUGUGACAAAGUGGGCAAGACUCCAAGUCAAUGCCUCGGAAGGAUCUGAAACAUUGGAUGAUGAAGCUUGUCCUCGGUCAAACCUCCAAUCCCAUCUUAGUCUUGCAUUACUUGAUGUGGAGGAUGAUUCACUCUCCAUGAGCAGCAUUGAGCAGUCAGUGUCAUUAGAGGACUACCUGAAUGGUAGAUGGAGCCGUUCAUCAAGCUUCGACUAACCACACAAUACACUGGCAAGGCUAAGGUGCAAAUAAGCAACUAUAACCAUUCAUGGUUUUUUCCCCUUGUAUAUUCUUUUGUUUUUAUUUUUUACUCUUUCCUUUCAAUGGAGUUGCUUACAGUAGGCGUUGGAUGAGAGGUUGUUUGCCUGGUGUGCCCUUCUCCUUUCUUAUCUAUUUAAUCAAUGUUCUGAAUUUUUGGGGCUUCUUGCUCAAUUCUCCCUUUUUUUUUUUUUUUUGUUAUUGUUCUUGUAAGUGCUGGUUUUGCUCCUUGGUCACAAUUAGAUUAGGAGUGGAAUAUAUUGUAUUGGUGAAAGCUAACUGUGUUGUAAUCCGAGAUUAUUUCUCUCAUAGAAGUGAGUAUAAAGUAAUCGUUGCUAUAUGAAUUUUUUUUUU